GUUUUCGUCAAUUCGCACUCACAAAGUGAAGGCGAUAGCAACGAUGUCAAGCACAGCAAAGGCCGUGGCCUUGUCCCCGGCUCCCUACCAUAUCAUCACCUACGGAACACUUCUAGGAACGACCUUUUUCCACUCCUUCGUCAAUGGCAUCGUAGCGUUCAGGGCGGUCGAUCGUGCCAGCUUCUCUGCUAUCCAGCAAAAGCUCUUCCCUAUCUACUUCGGCCUUCAAACUGUCCUACCCGGUGUUCUCGCCCUGACUUUCCCCGGAAACUCUCUGAUUGGUCUUGCCAAUGGUCCCGCCGGUCUGGUGUCGGAAUUUGCCCGCUGGCACUCCUUGUUGCCUAUCAGUGUCAUGGGUAUCACUGGUGCUAUCAAUCUGCUUGUUCUCCUACCAAUGACAGUUGACAUUAUCAAGAAGCGACGUGGACAAGUCAAGCGAGAUGGUAAGGAGUACUACGCUGAGGGUCCUCACUCAGACCAGAUGAAGGCUCUCAACAAGAAGUUCGGCAUGCUCCACGGCAUCUCAUCUCUUCUCAACCUUGCUACCUUUGUGGCUGCUGUCGGAUACGGCUUCACUCUAGGCGGUCGGGUUCUGUCCGUCGCGGACCUUGCUUGAACGAUUCAAUGAUAAAGAUGCAAUUCUUAUUCAUGCUCUAAAAUGCUAGUGGUGCAAAGAAUCUUCCUGAUAGCCUAGCGUCUACUUUCCAUCGUACAAUAGCGAAAAUCUCUAGUAUGUCUAUUCGUUGUGUCAUAAUUCGUUGAAAUAUUAGGUAUGGCCUUGUAAACAUUGCGCCAAUUGGUUGUCAUGGUGAACCAGUACAGCUCUCAUCAAGCGUCCGGUAUUGAAAGACAAGCGCUGGGUUUUAAAUUCGGAGCGAGGCACGGAGUUCCUCCUUGGCCUUUUCAAAGUCUCGCUGACGCUGGGCCUUGGCCUCUUCGUCGCUGAGGGUCUUCUGUUGACGGCGCUGAUUGGCCUCCAUCUGUCCCUUGAUCGUCCAGCGGCCGGGUUGGCGGUCAAGCAUGGCCUCAACAUCGACGUCCUCGUUGGGCUUGGGGAAUUCGGUGCUCAGAACGGUAGGUCUGCGUGUGUUGUUCUCAAACUCCUCGGCCUUGAGUCCGGGAGUAGAGACUGGGGUUGUUGCGGUAGACUGAGUCUUGUGCACCUCGCUGAAGUAGUGGUUGGCAUUGCUGGGAGCAGCAGCGACACUGGUGGGAGCGGUAGUCAUUUUGAUGUUGUUUGAGAAAGGUUUGAUUGAGAUGUAGUUGUUUGAGUUGUUCUCUUUAGUGAUAGCCGAUGAAGAUAAGGAAGCUGUUGUAUGUAGAUUGACGCUUCUUUCGCUAAGAUGAUA